AUGGCCCCAAAACGAGCCGGCGGCGCUCCAUCCGCCAUCCGCGCCCCUCACCAGCGCUCCCAACCCUCAGUCCUCACACAAACCUACCGUUUCGUCACAAACUCCGAGAACGCAAGCAUGAUCCGCUCCGUUGCCGCCUUUGGCGUCGCCGUAGCUUUCCUGCAUAGCUCGUUUGCCGAGUUAUUGGUUCCUUCAAUAAUGGUGCUUGGUGAUAGAUUCUAA